AUGGCAGUGUCUCAAGACACAAGAAAACGGUAUCCGGAUGUAUCAUUUCUAAAUUAUAAAAAUCGCAAGCGAAUUUUGAUAACUGGUGGUGCUGGAUUCGUUGGAUCGCAUUUGGUGGAUUACUUGAUGAUGCAAGGGCACGAAAUUAUUGUUGCCGAUAACUUUUUCACCGGUCGAAAGCGAAAUGUUGAACAUUGGCUUGGACAUGAAAACUUCGAAUUGAUACAUCACGACAUUGUAAACCCAUUAUUUAUCGAAGUGGACGAAAUCUAUCAUCUGGCCAGUCCAGCUUCUCCACCGCAUUACAUGUACAAUCCCGUUAAAACGAUAAAAACCAAUACCGUUGGUACAAUAAACGUACUUGGCCUAGCCAAACGUGUCGGUGCUAAAGUACUAAUAGCCAGUACAUCAGAAGUUUAUGGUGAUCCAGACGUUCAUCCACAACCAGAAUCAUAUUGGGGUCAUGUGAAUCCGAUUGGACCGCGCGCAUGUUAUGAUGAAGGAAAACGAGUCUCCGAAACACUUAGCUAUGCGUAUGCAAAACAAGAAAAUGUUAAUAUACGGGUAGCACGAAUUUUCAAUACAUAUGGACCAAGAAUGCACAUGAACGACGGACGGGUCGUAUCCAAUUUUAUACUUCAAGCACUACAAAAUGAAUCCAUUACGAUAUAUGGCAAUGGAAAACAAACGCGAUCGUUUCAAUACAUAUCGGAUCUGAUAGAUGGGCUGGUUGCACUGAUGGCAUCAAACUAUACACAACCCGUAAAUAUUGGAAAUCCCGUUGAACACACAAUUGAAGAAUUUGCGGUAAUAAUUCGUGAUUUGGUUGGUGGUAAAACUAGUAAAAUGGAAACAAUGCCAGCUGUCGAAGAUGAUCCACAACGGCGCAAGCCUGAUAUUGCACGAGCGAAAAAGUUUUUAAAUUGGGAACCACGUGUACCGCUAAAAACUGGCCUCGAUAAAACCAUUGAAUAUUUUCGAAAAGAAUUGGAACGAUCGAAUCACUCCAAUCGCAAUGUAUAUGUUCCGAUUCCGGAAAAAGAACAUGAUAUAGAAACUAAAAGUGUACCAAACAAUUCCGUUGACAAAGGUGAUGAUGUAUCUAUUGUAAACGAUAAAAAAAAGAAGCCUAACGAAAAUCACCGCACAUAAGCAUCACUUCCGAAUACAAAUGAGAUAUAUACAAAAAAAAAAAACAAAUUUAGCGAAUACCAAUGUAGAUAAUAAAUGUUAAAACAAUUGAGUUGCUUUUUUAUUCUUUUUUAUGAAAAAAGAAUUAAUCUCUAGUCUUCAUUAAUCGAAUAGAUCAAUUAGGAAAAAAAUACCAUCUUAUUAACGGUCAAUUUUCAGUGUCGAAAUUUAAAAAAAAAACAAAUCUCGUACUGUGAGAUUUAUGAUAGUUAUCAGAUUUUGAAGAUUUGUUAUUUUU